AUGAGGCAUUCAGCGCUCCAGCUGCUGCUUCUGGCCGUCUUACUGGUACUAGCAGCUGCUUGGACCAAGGAAGACCACGAGAUUUUCCGUCUCCGCGACGAAAUUGCUGCCACGGAGGGCGCGAAUGUCACAUUUUACGGUGCGAACAUUGCCCAUUUUCCCUUGGCUGACCUCUCACUGACCUUGCAACUAGAUUUCCUAGGUGUUUCGCCCAGUGCGAGCUACGACGACAUCACCAAGGCCUACCACAAAAAAUCGAAACAACUCCAUCCGGACAAGGUCAAACGCGCAUUCAUCGCGAAUAGUGCCAGGGCUCCGAAAGACAAGAAGAAGGGCAAGAAACCAGGGGUCCAUGUUUCAAAAGGACCUUCCCAGCGUCAGAUCGCUGCCGUGGUCAAGGAAGCCACCGAGCGGUCUGCCCGUCUGAAUGCCGCUGCCAAUAUCCUGCGCGGACCCUCUCGAGAGCGAUAUGACUAUUUUCUCAAAAAUGGGUUCCCCAAGUGGAAAGGUACUGGCUAUUACUAUUCUCGAUACCGUCCCGGCCUGGGUACUGUGUUGGUAGGCCUUUUCCUUGCCUUUGGAGGUGUGGCCCACUACGUCGCUCUCGUCCUGUCCUGGAAGCGUCAGCGGGAGUUUGUGGACCGAUAUAUCCGUCAAGCCAGGAAGGCCGCAUGGGGGGACGAGCUGGGUAUCCGGGGCAUUCCUGGUCUGGAUUCUCCCAGCCCAGCAGUCUCAGCUCCAGCCCCGGAGGCAGGGGAGAACGGUGCUGUUCCUAUGAACCGCCGUCAGAAGCGCAUGAUGGAGAGAGAAAGUCGCAAAGAGAAGAAAGCCGCCAAGGGUGCCGGACGAGGCAGCGGCUCGGGAACCGCGACUCCUGUGAAUGAGGCUGGCCCCGUUGGCGAUAGGAAGCGUGUUAUUGCCGAGAACGGCAAAGUUCUUGUUGUCGACUCGAUCGGCAAUGUCUUUCUUGAAGAAGAGACGGAGGAUGGCGAGCGACAAGAGUUCUUGCUCGACAUCGACGAGAUUCCUCGUCCAACCGUUCGUGACACUAUUGUCUUCCGAUUGCCUGUCUGGUGCUACCGUAAGACAGUGGGCAGAUUACUUGGACGAUCGUCCGGUGACGAAGUAGCGGGAGAAGAGAUCACCGAAACCCACGAGGAUGCAGAGACAACCGAGGAGACAAACACCACGGCCGUGUCUGCCGGAACAGCAAGAAAAAGGGGGAAACGAAGCCAGAGGCAAAACUGUACGAUACCACAAAAGUUAGGAUUUUGCUCGUUUGGAGACGUUUUCUUUGCCCUGUAUCGCUCAGGCAUGGCCAGACCGUGGCUAGACCAUGGACUUUACGAAGUAUUGCCUAGUAUUUUAUGA